AUGAACUAUGGAAUGGACUAUGGAAUGGACUAUGGAAUGAACUAUGGAAUGAACUAUGGAAUGAACUAUGGAAUGAACUAUGGAAUGGACUAUGGAAUGAACUAUGGAAUGAACUAUGGAAUGAACUAUGGAAUGGACUAUGGAAUGAACUAUGGAAUGAACUAUGGAAUGAACUAUGGAAUGAACUAUAGAAUGGACUUUGGAAUGGACUAUGGAAUGAACUGUGGAAUGGACUAUGGAAUUAACUAUGGAAUGAACUAUGGAAUGGACUAUGGAAUGGACUAUGGAAUGGACUAUGGAAUGGACUAUGGAAUGAACUAUGGAAUGAACUAUGGAAUGGACUAUGGAAUGAACUAUGGAAUGAACUAUAGAAUGGACUAUGGAAUGAACUAUGGAAUGAACUAUGGAAUGAACUAUGGAAUGAACUAUGCUUCAGUACAACUCCACGUUGAACAACAGCAAGAGGAUGGGUGCACAGAUGGAGCCCUUUAA